UCCUACGAUUCCCAAACUGCGCAGUUGCGCGACCGGGCAUCGUUGUAGGGGCGCGCUUGCCACUUUGUCUCGUUAAUGUGUGGCCCGUUAUCUGUGUGCUCCGCGCAUCGGCACGUAACGUGUCAAUUGCAAAGCAAGCAGUGAACUGCAGAAAUUUUUGCGCCAGGUUCGGAGCUUGUGACAAAGUUGAAGUUUUCUGGACCACCAUUUAGCCUAGGGCAGCGCCGCAAGCCACCAUGGGAUGUGAUGGUGGAACAAUUCCAAGGAGGGACGAGCUGGUGAGGACGAAGAAGAAAGGGGAGCAAAAAGAUAAGGAUUCUGUGAGGAAAUUUAAGUGGCGUCACUGCAGUAUCAGCCAAAGUAGGCUAGAAAAGCCAAUAGUAGCAUGUGAGCUCGGAAAUAUCUACAGCAAGUCUUCAGUACUGGAGGUGCUUUUGGACAAGGAUAGCAAACCUGCUUCAGCUGAACACAUCAAGGGAUUGAAGGAUGUUAAGGUACUGAACCUGACUAAAAAUUCAGCAGGAUCUAUGCAACCAUCUAAAGGUGACAUGUACCUUGAUACUGAAGCAGCUGAGUUCGUCUGUCCUGUGGUUGGUCUAGAGAUGAAUGGCAAGUACAAAUUUGUGUUCUUGUGGUCCUGUGGCUGUGUCUUCUCAGAAAGAGCAGUAAGAAUGGUAAAAUCAGAAACAUGUCACAAGUGCAACACUCCCUUCAGUGAAGAAGAUAUCAUUGUUCUGAACCCAGAGGAUAAUGACCUUGACCAGAUGAGAACAAAAAUGGAGGCACGCAGAGCCCAACUGAAAGUACUCAAGAAGGAAAAACGGAAGGUGGCAGAUGAGACUGUUGCUGUGAACAACGGGCUUGAGGCCAAGAAGAAGAAAACAGAUAUGGAGAAACAGGCCAAGGUUUCUGCUGGGCCAUCUAUCAACAUGCCAAACAAUGGCAAGCUGUUGGAUCCAGCAUUUGCAAAGGCUGCAGCCACCUACAGUGUAGCAAAGGACAGCCAAAAGACUGAGGUGUACAAGUCCCUCUUUACCAGUCAUAAGUCAGCCAAGACAAGAGAGACAGCCCACUGGGUGACAUACAACCCUCUUUUUAACUGAUGAAAAUGCAGUGUUCAUGCUUUUUGUACAUGCAGCUUCAAGGUAAUAGCACAUUUUUGAAACAAAAGAUAAUAUGUUAUCAUCAGGCUGAUCUGCUAGUAAUCUACAGCCUGCUUAGAAUCUGCAGCCUGGUCCCUUAAGCAGGAAAAGUAUCUUGAUGGAAAUCAUGACCUCUGCAUGUGAAUAUUAUAAGUCAUUCCAGGUUAAUGAUACUGACAUGGUGUAAGAUUUUGUAAUACAUGGUGAAUAUAUGAUUUGUGUUACUGGAA